CAGAACGCCAUAAUUAAAGCACAUUCAUAUCCGGCCUCUUUUAAUCCAAUGAUGGUUCCGUUUUGCUAAGCUGUUAGCUGCUGGAGUAUCACAAAACGUGAUUCUCGUGUUUUACCUCGAUGCUGCUGCUGCUGCUGUUGCUUGGAUGUGAAGACUAAAGCACAGAGAAGUGAAGUGAAAGAGUUUUCCAAAAAUAAAUGUCUGUUUGGCAGAGGGAAGCAUGUCCGGGGAGGACAAGGCCGUGGAGUUACAGCUGCAGAUACGGCAGAAUGCGGAGGAUCUUCACAGUUUCAUGAGGGAGCUGGACAACUGGGAGGCAGACAUCAAGAGGAAGGAUCAGGAGCUGAGGACUGGACGAGUCCAGGAGCUCCAGAAAACCCUUCCACCUGUGCGUAACAAGGGAUACAGGUCAAAGAUGAGGGAGAAGAGGAGGAAACAGGCGCCUGCUGCUGACGGCGACACGAACGCAGAGGAGCCCAGACCAGCUUCCAGACUCAAAUCCUGUGAUUAUCGAUCGUGGGACAAGUUCGACGUGGAUAAAGCUCUGGCAGAAAUGGACAAGGAGGCCGAGUCCAACGAGUCCGACCAGGAGGAGGUGGACAAGGACAGAGCUCUGGCUGAGAAGGAGAACGGUAACAAGUUGUUUAAAGAGGGGAAGUAUGACGAGGCCAUAGAGUGUUACACUAGAGGGAUGGCUGCUGAUCCAUACAACCCUGUGCUUCCCACCAACAGAGCCACG